AUGAUAGGAAUUGGCGCUUUCAAAACAGCUCAUCCUGGGUGGCUAACUCUAUCCCCCAUUGUUUCUAGCAGUCUUGGAUCAUGCUCUCAGCAUGAUGUGGUCGUUAAACGUCCAUUUUAUAGGGUACCGCCAACAAGUCAGGCUGCCGCAUCAUCACUCAAGAUUGUGCGAUAUUCGUCAGUGGAUGAGCUGAAACAUGUCCUGAAAGAAAGUAUCGUCAUGUACUGGGCAAAGUCACUCCUCAACUACACUUACGAUUACAUUGACCACCAUAUCAGCACUUCACCAACACCUCUGCCCUUUGAGAUUCCUCAUGUGCAUUUCGUCGAUGCUGGUGUUGCUUUGGGGUAUGGACAGCGCAUUACCAGCUCAAAACCAGGAGAAAAAUCAAACACAAAGGCAGGAACAGUUUUGGCCAUCUAUCUUCUUGAAGAACACAUCGUGUUUGAUGACAACCAGGAGUUUACCAACUUCAUUCACAACAUGGACUACAUGCCUUCUCUCGAUGAGGAUCAAUAUGGCUAUGAUUUAGCCAUUUUCCUCACGUUCACACAGCACAUUCAAUAUGUGCAGAAUGAAGGUUUGGUGUCUGUUUUGGAUUAUCAAGGUAUUUACCACAGCGCACUCCUUAACACCCCAUUUCAUGAAGACUGA